GUCAUUCUCCUUUGUCCUUUGGAAUCUUUUGCAGACAUCGUUGAAUUUUUUUUGUGAGCCAGGGGACACUGAACCGCAGCUCAUGAGUGAUGCAAAUGUUGACAGCAAAUUUUGACUCUUGCGCCACGUGCUGUCUAUUCUAUAUCUUCAGUUCUUGCUGAUCCAUUUAUCGAGGAAUUCACACGGGAGAAGAACCCGUAGGGCACGUAAGAUUAACUCGUUUAUAGACAGGACGGCGACGGUUGCGUAUAUGUAUGUAGUUGCCUGUCCUUUUACUUUAAGAAAUUUCAUAUCUGCAGCGCAUACAGAUCUUGGUUGCAAUUGCAAUCCAAGAUGGGCGACGUUGGUGAAAUUCAGCUGCAAAUCGCAGGUAUCCGAGGCCAAGAAGCUGGUGGAGACGAUCAUGGACAGAGAGCAGAGAACGGUGGCGCAUGUCGUGCAACUGAGGCGCCGCGGCCGCCGCUAUCGAAACGGCUGGCGUGGUGGGCGGUCGUCCUCAUCAACAUCGUGUUCAUCCUCGGCGGGCAGAGCGUGGCCACGCUCCUUGGCAGGAUUUACUACGACCAGGGCGGCAACAGCCUGUGGAUGCAGACGGUGGUGCAGUCCUGCGGCACGCCGCUCGCCAUCCCGCUGCUCCUCUACUUCCGGUUCCGGACCACGCCGUCCUCCUCCUCCGUGGCGGCUAAUCGGCCGCCGCUCGUCAAGAUCGCCGCCAUCUACGCCGGCCUGGGCGUCCUCCUCGCCGGCGACAACCUGAUGUACUCGUACGGCCUCCUGUACCUGCCGAUGUCAACCUAUUCGAUCAUCUGCGCGAGCCAGGUCUCGUUCAACGCCGUCUUCGCCUACUUCCUAAACAAGGAGAAGUUCCGAGCGCUCGUCCUCAACUCCGUCGUGCUGCUCACCUUCUCGGCCGCGCUCGUCGGCGUGAACAACGGCUCGGACGAGACCGACAGCAGCAUCCCGAAGGGGAAGUUCCCGGCGGGGUUCGCGCUGACGCUGUCGGCGUCAGCGCUCUUCUCCCUGAUCCUGUCCCUGACGCAGCUGACCUUCGAUGAGGUUCUGAAGAGCGACACGCUCCACACCGUGCUGGAGAUGCAGUUCUGGAGCAACACCGCGGCGGCGUGCGUGUCCGUGGCCGGGCUGUUCGCCUCCGGGGAGUGGCGCACCAUCGCCGGGGAGAUGGAGGCGUACAAGAAGGGGGAGCUGGCGUACGCGAUGACACUGGCGUGGACGGCCGUCUCGUGGCAGCUGUGCACGAUGGGCCUCAUGGGCCUGGUCGCGGCGGUGUCAUCGCUGUUCACCAACAUCAUCAGCACGGUGGGCAUGCCGCUGUCGCCCGUCAUCGCCGUGAUCUUCCUCGGCGACCGGAUGGACGGGGUGAAGCUGAUGGCCAUGCUCAUAGGAGUGUGGGGGCUCCUGUCCUACGUGUAUCAGCACUACCUCGAUGACCGUGCCGCUAAGAAGAUAGCCGAGAAAUCUGAAGAACAACACCAAGCUGCAAAAAUCUCCGCAGAAUAGUGUUUUUUUUCCUGGCACUAUCACUAUCAACAUCACAAAACUACUUGACUGCUGUAUGGAAGUUCCUGUCGAUGCCACUGGAAAAUGCUGAAAGUUUAGUUCGAUUCUUUGUCGACAUAAGUACAGUAGGAGUAGUUCAGUACUUCCCCGUCAAACUCGGUUUGGAUCUUUGUCAUUUCUCGAGUACACAAAAAUUUAUAUGUCUAUUUAUGUCAUAAACAUUUAUUCAUAUAAAUUUAUUCAUCAA